AUGUCGGCAGCCACCAGUGACCAGCUGCACAGAACAACCUUAACUGUCUAUGCGAACCUGAUGGAGCAAUUCAACCCUGGCCUCCAGAACCUUGUUGCUCUAGGAAACAGCUACGUCAAUGCUUUCCAAGCCUUAGCUGUUUGCAGCGAGGCGUACUUCAGCGCUGUGGCUAAGAUGGGUGAUCAAGCGCUUCAUACAUUUUCAUCUCGCUCUCUUGGGGAUGUCCUUAUCCAGAUAUCAGACACACAGAGGAGACUCACUGCAGAGAUGGAGGGUGUGUUUCGGUGGUUUCAGGUUGAGGUGUUGCAGGCCAUGGACAAGAACACCAAGUUGGAUGAGGAGUACAUUGAGGGGAGUCGCAGAGUGUAUGAACUGGAGGUGAGAAACCAGGCGGAGACUUUGGAGAAACAGCUGAGACGAGGAUCUUACAGGGACUCCUUGGAGAACAGUGAGUACAUGUUGUAUCUGAAGCAGAGCCGACAGGAGAUCCUAAAGGAGGAGGAGAGGAGGUAUCGCUUCCUCGCAGAGAAACAUUGUGGCCUUACUCAGUCACUGCUCUUCCUUAUUAACAAGACCGGUGCAUCUCUUCAACAGAAAGCAGAUGGAUGGAAGGAGAAAGUGAACGACACUAAAGGGUCCAGACCUCGGACUCCCACUCAGUUAGACCAAGAUGCACAGCUGCGAGGUUCAGUGAGCUCCCUGCUGCAGACUGUUGCCAGAGAUGAAGAUAUGUCCUGGGCCAGGAGGGAGCAGCAGGCGCUGGGAAGAGUGCCCUCUAGAGCUCCAUCUCCCAUCCCAAACCGCUCUCGCUCCAGCUCAGUGGGGGAAUCCCUGGGUCUUGGUGGAGGGAGAGCCAUGAGAGCCCUGGUGUCUCACCCUUCAUCAUCCAACCCAAAGCUUUUACCUUUCAACAGGGGAGAGACCGUCACAGUACUGGUCCAGGAGCCACGCAAUGGCUGGCUGUACGGACGCACAGACAGCAGCCUGCGUCAGGGCUGGUUCCCUGCUGCAUAUGUGGCCCCUGUUGAGGACCUCUCCAACAAUUUGGCAACAAGAAGCCACAGUAUGAACAACCUGCUUGACACUGACCAAUCAGAGAACACAAAGUAUGGAGAUGUCCCACCACCAGCUACACCCAACCGACGAGCCUCUGUGGACUUCCGACCGAUCUCUCCUUUUCCAGAGAAGCAGUUGGAGCUACUUUUGGAAGCAAAGCCUGGUCAGACGAAGACCUACAAUGAACACCCACCGCCACCUCCUCCUCCACCACCCCCUCCUCCCUCAAGUCAGAAUCUAAGAAGGAGCUCUGUGGAUUUUCGACCAAUCUCUCCCCUUCCCGAAAGGAAGGGUGAGUCAGCUUCAGAUGUCCAGAGGCACAAACCCAUUCGCCACUGUGAAGCUGCGCCCGACGACGACCAAUGA